CAGGAGCCGGAGGGCAGACGCUAGCACACCGGACGCGGGGACGCCAGAAGCGGCUUGACCAGGAAGUAGGGGUUGCCUGUGGCCGCCCCAGGAGCAAGGACCGGAGCCGGAAUCGCUGUGUGGCUGCAGAUCCCCAGCCCCCAGCUUCUUCCUGGCAUGGAUUUAGGAAUAAAAUUGACUUGAAAUAAUUGAGGCCACUUCACCUUCCCCCACCUGGAGCCAGAUUCCCAGGAUCAUCUCUGAGCCACUUCAGUUGACCUGGCAGUUUUUUAUAUCUCAGAGGUCUUCAGGUUUCCCUAAUUUUUCUUCUUGCCUCAGGAGUCAGCAUUGAUAAUAGUGCUGUGCCGCAGAAGAGUGGAGCCUAAACUCUUUCGUUGCCAGUGCCCUGACACUGGAGUGUGAAGGGCUGAGACAAGAUGAAGACCGUGCUCAUGGUUGCUGAAAAGCCAUCCUUGGCACAGUCAAUUGCCAAAAUCCUCUCCAGAGGGAGCCUGUCCUCACACAAAGGGCUGAAUGGAGCCUGCUCGAUCCAUGAGUACGCUGGGACCUUUGCUGGCCAGCCGGUGCGCUUCAAGAUGACGUCUGUCUGUGGUCACGUGAUGACCCUGGAUUUCCUGGGAAAAUACAACAAGUGGGACAAAGUGGACCCCGCAGAGCUGUUCAGCCAAGCUCCCACGGAAAAGAAAGAAGCUAAUCCCAAGCUGAACAUGGUGAAGUUCCUGCAGGUGGAGGGCAGAGGCUGCGACUAUAUCGUGCUGUGGCUGGACUGCGACAAGGAGGGGGAGAACAUCUGCUUUGAGGUUCUUGAUGCUGUUCUGCCCGUCAUGAACAAGGCUCAUGGCGGCGAGAAGACCGUGUUCCGGGCCAGGUUUAGUUCCAUCACGGACACAGACAUCUGUAAUGCCAUGGCCUGCCUGGGUGAGCCCGACCACAACGAGGCGCUCUCAGUGGAUGCUCGCCAGGAGCUGGACCUGCGCAUCGGCUGUGCAUUCACCAGGUUUCAAACUAAAUAUUUCCAGGGGAAAUACGGUGAUUUAGACAGCUCUCUCAUCUCCUUUGGGCCGUGUCAGACUCCAACCCUGGGAUUCUGCGUGGAGAGACAUGAUAAAAUCCAGUCCUUCAAACCAGAGACCUACUGGGUGCUGCAGGCCAAGGUUAACACUGACAAAGAUAGAUCUCUCCUUUUGGACUGGGACCGAGUAAGAGUGUUCGACCGGGAGAUCGCACAGAUGUUUUUAAACAUGACAAAGCUGAAGAAGGAAGCCCAGGUGGAGGCCACAAGCAAGAAAGAAAAGGCCAAGCAGAGGCCUCUGGCCCUGAACACCGUGGAGAUGUUGCGUGUGGCCAGCUCUUCUCUGGGCAUGGGACCACAGCACGCCAUGCAGACAGCCGAGCGGCUCUACACGCAAGGCUACAUCAGCUACCCACGGACAGAGACCACCCACUACCCUGAGAACUUUGACCUGAAGGGCGCUCUGCGGCAGCAGGCCAACCACCCCUAUUGGGCCGACAUGGUGAAGCGGUUGUUAGCAGAAGGCAUCAACCGCCCACGGAAAGGCCACGAUGCCGGCGACCAUCCCCCCAUCACCCCCAUGAGGUCUGCCACAGAAGCCGAAUUAGGGGGUGAUGCAUGGCGGCUCUAUGAGUACAUCACCAGACACUUCAUCGCCACAGUCAGCCAUGACUGCAAGUACCUGCAGAGCACCAUCUCCUUCAGGAUCGGGCCCGAGCUCUUCACCUGCUCCGGGAAGACCGUCCUCUCACCAGGCUUCACGGAGAUCAUGCCCUGGCAGAGCGUGCCCCUGGAGGAGAGCCUGCCCACCUGCCAGCGGGGCGACACCUUCACUGUGAGUGAGGUAAAGAUGCUGGAGAAGCAGACGAGCCCACCCGACUACCUGACGGAGGCUGAGCUCAUCACGCUCAUGGAGAAGCACGGCAUUGGCACAGAUGCCAGCAUCCCUGUGCAUAUCAACAACAUCUGCCAGCGCCACUAUGUCACUGUGGAGACCGGGCGCCGGCUCAAACCCACCAACCUCGGCAUCGUCCUGGUGCACGGCUACUACAAGAUUGAUGCAGAGCUGGUGCUCCCCACCAUCCGCAGUGCAGUGGAGAAGCAGCUGAACCUGAUCGCCCAGGGCAAGGCCGACUACCGCCAGGUCCUGGGCCACACCCUGGACGUGUUCAAGAGGAAGUUCCACUACUUUGUCGACUCCAUUGCCGGCAUGGAUGAGUUAAUGGAGGUGUCUUUCUCACCCCUGGCGGCCACAGGCAAGCCCCUGUCACACUGCGGGAAGUGCCACCGCUUCAUGAAGUACAUCCAGGCCAAGCCAAGCCGCCUACACUGCUCCCACUGCGACGAGACCUACACACUCCCCCAAAAUGGCACCAUCAAACUCUACAAGGAGCUCCGCUGCCCUCUGGACGACUUUGAGCUGGUCCUGUGGUCGUCAGGCUCCCGGGGCAAGAGCUACCCACUGUGCCCCUACUGCUACAACCACCCACCCUUCCGAGACAUGAAGAAAGGCAUGGGCUGCAGUGAAUGUUCACACCCCUCUUCAGGUCAUGCAAUUCCCAGUCAGCUCAUGAGGCAGGGUGGGUGGCACAGACACCCUCCUGUGUCCCGGUCUCUCUUAAGUUCCGGAGCAGCCCAGGAAAUGAAUGAUGCUUGUCUCGUUUCACAGAGGUUCUCACAGGUAAUCUCACAGUCAUGCAGCCAGGUUCAGGUGUACUCUGUGUUGUACCUCAGUUACAUGUGCCCAGGCAGGUGAAGUCAGGGUCAGCCAGGUGGCACACCAGCGGGUCUCAGGGGCAGCAGUGGUACCCUCAACACUCAGGCCCCCUGCCUCAGCGACCAAAGUCAGGAUUUUAUCGGGUGGAAACGCUCUAUGGUGUCUGUGAGCCCCAUGGUUAGGUGCUGGUGGACGCUUGUCUGUCAGCCUGCUCCUGGGACGGCCAUCAGCACGAUGUGACCCAGAAAUAGAGAGGACGCAGAGCCAUUUGACAGAAGAUCUAAUUUAAAAAAGCAGAUUUUAUGUUACUUUCUUUCACUCUCCUAGUAAUUGCAUUUUAUUAUAUUUCACCAAAGUGUUGGUUGAUGUUGGAACAGAAAUACGGGGAGUGAGAGUUACAGGCUGCAGCAGGGGUGCCACAAGGGGGUAGCAACGCCCCACCCAGCUGAAAACUUGUCCCUCCACAGGCCAGCAGGCAGCAGAGUCACAGUGGAUUUCCUUUCCUUGCCAUUUCCUGUCUGCCAUUUCCUUUCCCUUCUUCCCUUGCCAUUUCCUUUCCUUUUCCUGUUGUUCUAAAUUCAGCAUUACUAGUGCAUGCAUGCAUCGAAGGAAAAGCAAGGAACAAGGUGGGGGAAGAGAGAGAAGGCGAAUACCCAAAGCCGCCAGCAUCAGUCGGCGCUGGUGCUCUCCUCCACGCUUUGGUCCCCUGCCCUCUGCCCUGGCUCCCUGCCCGCGUUGCCUGGGAGUGCAGCCUCGCCUUUGCCUGGGAGACAGCUGUCCACAGUGACAGGAGACCAUUGUUCUCGGCAGAGCCAGUAGGCUUCCGGCCAGUGGCAGCUGCUGCUCCUCAGCUCUGCGGCCCCACCAAGGGGGCGCCGUCACUGCUGCCUGGCCCCACCCGGCCCUGCAGAAGGGUCUCUGUGGGUCCACGGGGGAGACAGCGCCACCUGCCAGUGUGAAGGAGUGCUGCUGCACUCGCAGCAGCCCAGUCCCACGCCCAGGGAUCCUACAGGCCUGGGAGCGUCCCUGUCUGUCAGAGCGCCUUGCGCACAGACCUGCCUAGCGGCCUUGAUCAUGCCCUCCUUGUCACGGGAGUAGAAUGUAGUAAAGUCUUUGGACUUUGAGCCACCCUUACAAAAUUGCAUCGGGGCGGGGAUUGUAUUAUAAGAAUCGCCACCGAAGGGAAGGAAGUGGCUAACUCUGUGGCUGCCAGCCAGCCCUCCUGUUUGCAGCCUCCUGUCACAUAUUUGGGUCCCUGAGCAGUGUAUACCAUACACUAAUAAUUUGAGUGUAGUUUUCAUCUCUGCAACUAGACUGUAAACCCCUUGUAACAGCCCCUGCCCCAAGGUGGGCAAGACAAAUAUUUCUCAGGCACCUGGCUUGUCCCUAGAGCAUCUUCUUGUCUUGUGUAGGAGGCUGCCCUGCAGAGACCGGAAUCAGGGUAGAUCUGCACAGUGCAGUGACUCAGGGCUGAGGGCCUUUAGGGCAUGUCCCAGGUAGGACCCUGGGAUGGCUAUAAUCAGAGCAGAAUCCAGAAGCGAUUCCUGAGGUCGUGGGGCUGCAGCCCUUGGCAUGGGGAGUCUGUGGGCCGGGCAGCACUGCCUCAGCCAUGGCCUUUGCCUGAGCAGAGUCUAGGCUAAGCAAGCCGAUGGAAAUAGCAGCAGCACCAGGGGCAAGACCAUGAGCCGCAGCAGCAGCAGCUGAGUCUCCCCCCAAGCUCAGGCCUGGUAAGCACCAGGAGCCCACAGUUUCCAAAGGGAGUGCGGAGGAGCUCAUGGCAUUUAGGGGCAGUUUUCUGGGCACAGCUGCUCUCAGGGAGAGGAAGAGGAGGCAGUGCUGCGAGUACUGGCUGGACAAGGGGGGAUUUCCUGGUUUGCAGGGGAUCCACUGGCCAAACUUGUAUGGAGCCACCUUCCCUCAGCUGGGCCUGCCCAAAUGAGUUAUCAGGCCCCUCCUGCACCCACAGCCUUGCCAGUCCCCAGUUCUUGCCAAAUGCUUGAAUGGGCCCCUGUCUUGGCCAUGGCAGCAGCAGCUGGCUCUGGAUGCCCCCACCCCUGCCUUGAUGCGUGGAUUCCCACGGACCUUUCUGUGACCUCCUGUGUGCACAGCCUUUGUGUUCAUGUUUCUUCUUCAGUGGCCCCCUCUGGCCUCAGCCCUUCUCCUUUUCUUCCAUAGCCUCCUCCUUUGGGCAGGAACUCUUUCCUUCUCUCAGUUCCCCAUGUCCUUUGGGUAUGGCCUGUGACACUCAGCUUCUGCCCUGUUUUCAGUUGCUUGGCCUUGAACUCCUGCCCUCAGGUGACUGGCCCUGACUCACUGUGCUUGGCAAAUGCACCUGAGCUGGCAGGAGUUCCAGGAGGGUUUGUGCAUUGAAGCGAUGUGAGUCUCUGAAGGCAGAGCCUCCAUAGUCUCCUUUGGGCCUGUUACUGGUUGAUCUUUUCUUAAGAAGCCACGCUUAGGUAGGAUUUGGUUGUUUUUCCUUUUAAAAUGAGUAUUGUAGCUUGUAUUAUUUUUUGCUACGUAACAAAUUGCCACAAAUGUAGUGGCUUAAAACAGCAGACGUUUAUUCUUCCAGUUUCUGUGGGUCUGAAAUGUGGGAGCAGCUUAGCUGGUUGUCAGCGGGUUGUGAUCACAUGGAUGCCAGCUGGACUGGAGGGUCCGCCUCCAAGGUGAUUCUGACACACGGCCAUUGGCAGGAGGCCUCGCUGCUUGUGCAUCCUCACAGCUCAGAUCGAGCGAUAACAGGGAAGGAGGAAGAGGGCUCUACAUAUAGGCAGAAGGCACAGAUCCUCUGAGUUUAUAGCAUCUGAAGUACGCACGGUCACUGCCACUCUUCAUCAGAAGCAGUCAAGUCCCACACUCAGCAGCAGGAAGUGAGCUCCACCUCGCAAAAGGGGAAGUCAGAGAAUUUGUGGACAUCCUUUAAAGCCAUGACCACACAAGACUAACACUUGUAAUGGAAAAUUGGGAAAGUAUUAAGAAAGUGUACUUCUGGAAAAGCUGCCCAUGGAACUGCCACCUGCAGCCCCACUCUGACACCUUGGUUGUGUGCUGUUCCUGCCUUUAUUUUCUGGCUUUGGUGGUUUUUCAUGGACUUGUGGUUAAACUGCAUAUGUAAUUUUCCUCCUUUUUUCACUUAAUGUCAUGACAUAAGCGAUUUACGUGCUCAUAAACUCUAUAAAAAUCAAUUUUUAGUUUUCUAUUUUAAGAGACCACGUCUCCGUCUGUC